ACUGCGCCCCGCGCCCCGGCCGCCCGGCCGCCAGUCGCGCGUCCCGGCGCUGAAGAUGGCGGAGGGCGGCGGCGCGGCCCCCCCGCCCUCCUUGAAGGGGCUGCGGGAGCAGAUGGUUGCUGCAGCCCAAGCCAUAGCAGAAGAAAGGAGGAGCCAAAGUGGCAUUAGCCCUGUUGCAGUCCAGACCUCAAUAAAUAUAAAGACAGCAACUAAACCAGUGAUAGAUGGUUCCACUCUAAGAACAGAAGAGAGACAAAGACUGGCCAGGGAGCGCAGAGAAGAGCGGGAAAAGCAACAUGCUGCCAAAGAGACACAAAUCCUCGAAAAGGAGAGAAAAGCAAAACUCCAGUAUGAAAAACAGUUAGAAGAAAGGCAGAGAAAGCUAAAAGAACAGAAGCAGAGAGAGGAACAACGGAGGGCAGCAGUAGAAGAAAAGAGAAAACAAAAAAUAGAGGAGGAAAAGGAGCGGUACGAAGCCGUUCUGCACCGGACCCUGGAACGGAGUCAGCGGCUGGAAACACGGCAGAAGAGGUGGUCAUGGGGAGGGUCUGUAACUCCAGACUCAGAGAGCAAAACGGAGCAACAGCCUGCAGAUGAAGGUGGAACUGGUGCCAGCAAGCAGCCCCCCUCCCCAGCCAACCUCAGACAGGCAGAAGCUGCCAUGAGCAAACGUCUCUCAUCAUCUGCUGCACUUCUAAAUGCUUCUGACCGAAGUACCACAAAGAGAAGUGCCUCAUUAAACAGGCUGAAUAACAAAGUUCCUCCACAUUCCCAGCAGUCAGGACUCAAAGGUUCGCAGGUGGAACAGAAAGGAGGAACAGAAAAGAAGAGGAGCACAUCUUUGAGUAGAAUGAGUAGUAAACCCCAGUCCUCUCCAGAACUAGAAAAAGUGAAAAAGGAAGAAAAAUCAGCUCGUCGCCCCCAGCUCAGUCCCCUGGACAGUAGCAUCAUCAGCCGCCUUCUGGCCCCCACACAGGCCUCCUUAGCUAGGAGUAAAAGUGCUGCUGCAUUGUCGGCUGAUGGACAAGAUCCCUCAGAAUCUCACCUCUGUCCUCGUUCAGCUUCAGCCAGUUCCAUCACUUCCCCAGCCCCAGCUCCCAAGGUGCCCGUGCGCAGUCGUAGCAUCGACAGAUUGAAGUCCUCUCUGUCUUCAUCUGAUGCAAGUUCACCAGAUUCAACCCAGAAAUCAGAAACAGAAAAACCAUCCCCAGGCUCUGGCUUAAGACGCCCUCCCUCUCCAUCUGUGUCUGCCCAGAGAAGAUCCCCUUCUCCUGCUCACCUGGGGAAACGUCCUCCCUCACCUUCUGCAGUCAGGCAAAAGACUCGCCCACCUUCACCCAGCAUGUCAAAACAAAGACCACCAUCUCCUUCUCCAGUCUCUAAACCAGCACCCAUCCAGCGCCCACCUCUCACCCCAGGGGUUAUGAACAUUACCAAAAAGAAAAGUGAAGCAGAGAGCAAACCAAAGGAGAAGGGCACAGAAGGACCAGGACAAGAACAAGGUGCUUCCCCAGCCUUGGACAGGGAUGCAGUAGCAGCUAGCACAAAGACCAAAGAAGAAUCAGGUAGCAAAAUGGUAGCAGGGACCACCACAGCUGAGGAAGCUGCUAAAAUCUUGGCGGAGAAACGACGCCUGGCACGGGAGCAAAGAGAGCGUGAAGACCAGGAGAGAACUCAGAGGCAGGAAGAGGAAAGAAUCAGAGAAGAAGAAAUGGCCAAGAGAGCAACUGAGGAAAAGGCACGACGAGAGGAGGAGCUCCAGAAGCAGGAGGAAAACAAGAGACUGGUUCAUGAGGAGCAGCAAAGGCAAGUGGAGGAGGAGAGGAUCCGCCGGGAGCAGGAAGAGCAGGAAAAGCUUGCAGAGCUUCAGCACCAGAAAGAAGAAGCUGAAGCAAAAGCUCAAGAAGAGGCUGAGAGACAGAGGCUGGAAAGAGAGAGAAUUAUGCAGCAAAAUAUGCAGGAGAGGCUUGAAAGAAAAAAGAGAAUUGAAGAAAUAAUGAAAAGAACAAGGAGGUCGGAUCAAAACGAAUCCAAGUUGCAGAGUGAAGGGAAGUCUGUCCCUGAGGCUAUGGAGGGAGAGGAUAUUGAAGAGGAGGAAGAGCUGGGUCUUGAGAAGGCUGAGGAACCAGGAAAGCUGAAUGGCGUUGACUUUCCCCUGGAAGUCAGGGAGGAGGCAGAGGGUUGUUCAGAGGCUGCUCAUGGCUUGGUCUCUACAGAACCUGAGGAACAAGAUGUGUCAGAGCUGGAGGGCACCGAGGUCUUCAUGAACGGAAGUGAUUUGAAGAGUGACCAGGGGUCUCUGCUUGUUACUGAAUUCAAGGAUUCCAGCCAUCCUGCAAAGGAAAUGGGUCUGGGUGACUCGGUGAAGUUGGGCAUUAAUGAAGCUGAUCAGACAAUUGGACUCACUCAGAAUCUUAAUGGAAAAUCUGGUUCAUGGACUCUGGAGGAGCUUCUUGACGUUGGAGUACAUUCCAAGGCAACCAGACUGAGCCUGGACAGCAUCUCUGCUGGUCACUGUCAUCAAAACUUGAAUGAUGCUGCUACGAUACCUCCUAGUCCCAAGCUGGGUUUUGAGGAAGAUGGUGCAGUGAAUUCUUUGACCAAACCUAUAGAUGCUUCAUCAGGUAAUCCCAGCUGAUUUCCCUCUCUGUCCCUGCCUCUGGCUAUAGAUCAUUAACUUCCUCACAUUUUACUCUCCUUGCCUUAACUUCAGCUUCUUAUUCUCAAGGCACUUUUUCCCAAGUGUAGACCAGAGGGAAAGCUCUUUCUUUAGUGCUUGUAACUUGUGUUCUGUCAAAACCAGUCGCCAACUGAUGCCUUUUUAGGGACUUGCUCUAGACAGCAGCUAAGGCCCAACAUGAAGGCUCUUCCAAAGACACAGCUGGGCCCCUGGGAAGCUCCUCUAUCUCCUACCAGCACUCAGGCCCAUCUGUUGUAUUUUUAGGCUUCUUCUAAGAUGUCUUAAAUGGCACAUGUUACUUUUGAAGAUACUAACAGUUCAAAAGGUGUCUGGUGUAACUCUGCAGACAAGACCUUUCCACUCCUAGGCAUGUUCUGUAACUUUUUGAUGCUGACCUACGUGGUCUCACAAGGUCUCUUCAGUCUCUGGUAAGGUGUUAGCUGUUCUUUCUAGUUCCUGUAGAAUAGUCUUGCAUUUCACUGAAGGAUGUAACACCAACCUUAAAUCCCACAGAUGGUUGUGUUACAUUUUGGGAGGACUAAUAAAGCUGCACACACAAUAUUCUGAACUUUCUGAAAGGAGUACAGCUGCAUCUGCAGCCAGAUGUGCUGGAGAAGCCAAACCCUGAUGCAGCACAACACAGUGUGUCCGAGGGGCUUCAGUGAGCUAGUUUAUGUAAGACUAGACUCUGGUGUUGGAGCUGACCCCCACAUGGACAUCCUGACAGCAGAUCUCUUUCCAAGAGAGAAAUGACUGUGGGAACAGUUGAAGUGAACGGUAGGGAACAGACAAGACUUGCUGUCCACCAUUAAGUGAUGUGUAGCACUUUUGUUUAUUAAAGUGUAGCACUUUUCUAGACUGAACUGUUUCCUGAGUCUCCUCUGUCACUCUGCGUCUCCUGACCUUUAGCCCCAUGGGUGCAGCCUUACUGAGUCUUUUCCUGGAGGCCACAACUAAGUGGGAGUAGGAGGACUCAGUGUGACACUGCUGGUCACAUUCUGUCCUCAUCAAAAUCAUUAACUUUUUAGUGAAGUGCUGCCUUUUAACGUUGAACUUGAAGAUGUUUAGACAUAAAAUGGUUUAAGACUUGCGUUCGUAACUUGGAAAACUAAUAUUUCUAAAUAAAAAAAGAAAAGCUACUGCACUGGUUUGAGAAUGUGAGUAACCAGGUGGCUCUGUGCUCACUCGCUGGGUGUAGACUCUGGCAGUGAUGACAGACCUGUGUGGCACACACAGAGUUUUGAUGGUUACAUGUUGUCUUCUCUUUGGACAGAACUGUGCACACUACAGAUCUGGGAAUAAUCCAAUUGCACUUCAGUGUUUUACCAAGUACCAAGGGCCUUGUUUUGAAAAGCUGCUUGUUUACCUUUUCCAUCUGCAAGUUUCCAGUAAAACCAACAUACAAAAUGCCAGGGGAGGGAUGGCAAACUUCAAGAUUUGCACCUUGAAACAUUUCAGGGAAGCUGUUCUGCUGAUGUUCCUUUUCCAUUCGUUUAGCUUAGUUAAGAUUUCAUUGUUCAAAUAUGACUUGUUUAGGUUUUACAGAAUCUGUUUGAGUCGUUUCUUUAUACUCCUGUUAGUCUCAGGUACAGCAGCAUGCCACUCCUCAGUUAGCUACUGGACAGAUGUUGCAUAUUCCUAAAAUGGCACUUGAUGAAAUAAGACUCACUCAGAGCGUGUUAAAAGUUGAAUUCCCUUUGUAACGUUCUAGAAAACACUGUUACUUGUUGGUUCAUGUGCUAUUUAAAAAUGCAGAAUUGGGUAUCUUCAGCUUUGAAUGGAGAAGAAAAAUUCCUUCUUUUCUAACAGGAAAACAGUGGCAGUUUCAAAAUGCAGAAUUGUACCAUCACUGAUGUGUUUUAAUCUAUUGGCAAACAGCAAAUGCACUAACAUGUUACAAAAACAAGGAGUACCUGAUAUGUCUGUUGUAGUGCAGUUUAACAGGUCAUGCUUUUAAAAAUGUUUUCCUUUGGAAUUACUUAUUUAAGUGUAUCUACACUCAUGGAAGUAUUAUUUUAUUGUGUACAUAACAGUAUUAGACCACUGAAGUCAUAUUUUGUUCAUGUUAAUUAUUCUGUGUUCCUGUUAUAGCUUUUUAACAAUGGCUGCACUAUAUAUAGGUCCCUUCCCAUAAAGCCUGCAUUAAGUGAUCUAUUUAACCCAAACUUGCCUGCUUUUUACAGCAUGAAGAGAUUAACUAAAGCAUCUUCUGAAAAUUGCUACUAAAAGUCAUAAUGCAGCCUUGUUCUUACACCUCCUGUAACAGAUGGACAGGCUGAGGGAUAACUGUAAGGAAUAGCUCUCUCCAGUCCUGCUACAAACCAUUGGCUGGUACUUCAACCCAAAUCAGUCACCAAAUGGCAGCUGCAUUUUUCAGCAGUUAAAUGCAAAUGGAUUUGUUGGCACUAAAGAUGUUAAAUAAGUUCUUCCCUCGCCGUGGCAGUCACAACAGGCAACCCCUCAGCCUUCUCACUGCCUGCUCUUCAGGAUGUGGUAGAACUGUUGUAGCCUUUAGAGCAGUGCCUUAGGUAAAAAGGAGAAUGUAUUUUUGUACGCUAGCUGCUCGUUCUGGCAGAGACAAUCACGCUGACAAAAAAGAUGCUGAUAUUUUUCCUGUGCUGAUCCUGUUUGUUGAUGGUCUGUUACAGCUCUGUGUAAAUAUGUGCACAUUGUUAAAUAAACUUUGCAGUUGACCAA